UUUGAGAUUUGAUUUGAGAUUAUUGAGAAAGCCAAAGAAAAUAUCUAUCCAUCAAUUUCUCUCUUCAUCUUCCGCUCCGUACACUCAUCCACCUCAAACCCUAACAAUCCACCAAUCUCAAGCUUCCAUUUCCCUCCAAUGGAGCUCUGUCCUGUACUCGACACUUGUCUUCCUUCCCCUUCACGUUGUUAUUCUUCUUCUUCCGCCGUCCACCGCCCCCUUCUUCUUCUUCUUCCCAAAAUUUCCGUUUCUGCCCGGCGAAUUCCCUCAUUUUCGCAUUCUUUUCGUCCAAUUCGUCGCCGGAAUGUUUGUUCUUCUUCGAGCUCUGAUACCCUUGUUGCCGGGUCGCGGAAGGAGGAUGGGAAGAAUGGUGAAGCUGUGACCAAAAUGGAAGAGGAUGAAUUUGGAGAUUUGAAGGCUUGGAUGCACGAGAAUGGACUUCCGCCUUGCAAGGUCGUUCUUGGGGAAAGGGCUUCGCAUGAUAGGAAUCAUCAGCCUAUACAUUAUGUGGCUGCGAGUGAAGAUCUCGAGGCGGGUGAUGUUGCAUUUUCAGUGCCGAAUUCCUUGGUUGUGACGCUUGAGAGAGUUCUUGGAAAUGAGACUGUUGCCGAAUUGUUGACUACCAAUAAGUUGUCAGAGUUGGCAUGCUUGGCUUUGUAUUUGAUGUAUGAGAAGAAACAAGGAAAGAAGUCUUUCUGGUACCCUUAUAUCAGAGAGCUCGAUCGUCAGCGUGGGAGAGGCCAAUUAGCCGUAGAGUCGCCUCUUAUAUGGUCAGAAGCUGAACUUGAUUACCUUUCUGGCAGUCCAACAAAGAGCGAAGUUCUUGAAAGGGCGGAAGGAAUCAAGAAGGAGUAUAAUGAACUCGAUACUGUCUGGUUUAUGGCUGGCUCUCUGUUUCAGCAAUACCCAUAUGAUAUUCCAACUGAAGCGUUUUCCUUUGAGAUUUUCAAACAAGCCUUUGUUGCAGUUCAGUCUUGUGUGGUGCAUUUACAGAAAGUAAGUUUGGCUCGGAGAUUUGCUUUGGUGCCUCUUGGCCCUCCACUCUUGGCUUAUAGAAGCAAUUGCAAGGCAAUGUUAACUGCUGUUGAUGGCGCUGUGGAACUAGUGGUUGAUCGUUCAUACAAGGCCGGGGAGUCAAUCGCUGUUUGGUGUGGGCCACAACCUAAUUCGAAAUUACUCCUGAAUUAUGGUUUUGUCGAUGAAGAUAAUCCCUACGACCGCUUACUAGUUGAGGCUGCUUUGAAUACUGAAGAUCCUCAGUACCAGGAUAAAAGAAUGGUUGCUCAAAGAAAUGGCAGAUUAUCAGUUCAAACUUUUUAUGUUUACGCUGGAAAGGAGAAAGAAGCUGUCUUAGACAUGCUUCCUUAUCUUCGGCUUGGCUAUGUUACUGAUCCUUCAGAAAUGCAGUCUGUUAUUUCUUCUCAAGGCCCAGUAUGUCCAGUGAGCCCCUGCAUGGAAAGAGCAAUGUUGGACCAAAUUGCUGAUUAUUUCAAGAGACGACUGGCAGGCUACCCGACUACCUUGAGCGAAGACGAGUCUCUGUUGGCCGAUGGUAAAUUGAACCCGAAGAAGAGAGUUGCUACCCAGCUUGUUAGAAUAGAAAAGAAAAUCCUUCAUUCAUGUUUGCAAGUGGCGAUUGAUUUCAUAGAUCAGUUACCAGAUCACACAGUCUCUCCAUGCCCAGCUCCCUAUGCCCCCUUGUUGAGAUAAGUAAGUUGUAGAUAGUUCUUCCAGCAAGUGGUCUCGUGUCUGUUUUACGAUACUGCAACACCGAACUGCCACGCAAAAUCCUCCAUCCCAAGAUGAAGCUGAAAUUAAGGUAGAUCUCAAAUAAGCUGAUCACUACUUAGGAUGCUUGUGGUGUUUCAGAGUGACCAGUAAUCGAAGAUGAUUAUGGCGGCCAUGGAUUUCAAGGUACCGAGUAAUAAAGCCAUAUUCAUUCCUUCAACUCUCUGACCUCUACGCCAUGUAAAUAACCAGAAUCACUCCAUCUUCUUUCAAUGCAAUUCCCUUCCUUUGCUUGAUA